GGAUUCAUUCCAGUUUCUGCCACAGCAGAUUUGCCUCUGUACAAGAGAGAGCUGGAGCUGAACCUUCUCUGUGCAUGAAAAUACUCUGCAAACAUGGCCGGUAAGAUCCAGAGUCUGACUGAAGAGGAGAGGGCCCACCUACUCCCCUUGCUACGCAACGCUCAAUGGGUGGAGGUAGUGGGACGGGAUGCCAUUUACAAAGAGUUUAUUUUUAAAGACUUCAAUCAGGCUUUUGGUUUCAUGUCCAGAGUGGCGCUACAGGCAGAGAAGAUGGACCAUCAUCCUGAGUGGUUCAAUGUAUAUAAUAAGGUCCAGAUCACUCUCAGCACACACGACUGUGGGGGGCUGUCCCAGCGUGAUAUAACUUUGGCCACCUUCAUUGACCAGGCAUCUCUGAUGUGACCAACACACAUUAUCAGUUGAUUCAACAGUGAAAAAAACUCAAGUGUUGAAAGUCACAGCUCUUCAUAUAUUCAUUCCACUGAGAAAUCUCUGAAGAUGUGACCUGCAACACCCAAAGAAUAUGAAACAAUUACUUUCAGUUGUGAAUAAUGUAGCAGUCUGUAGGUGUUAAAAUGAUGCUGUUGUUGGUUUUGCAUUUGGUCAAUAUGUGUGACAUUAUCUUCAUGGUUAAUGAUAAAAUCAGAUUUCCACUUUAACCAAAAUACCAUCUCCUCGGUAACCAUUCCCCUUCUUAAUACAGCUGCCAUUUACGAUAAUGUGUCUUUCUGUGACCAACAGUGUCUUAUGUGGCAAAUUUUUUGUACUGUUAGUAAAAAAGUUAUUUUCUGCAAACC